AUCAUUUUCUCCGCGUAAGGCGAACACUUUGCACAUGUCGACUUUCCGAGCGACGUUUUAAAACUUUAUUUGCUGGUUUGUAUUCGUUUCUGCUUGAUGUUUGAGUUAUUGACAUUUUCUUCAGCUCGUCUCUGUGUAUAGUGGAACACAUGGAGCCAAAUACGUGGGCUGGACUUCAAGAGACACUCUCUUAACUAGCUUACGAGCUAGCCUAAAAUAAUCGGUUGAUAGGUGAUGAAAAACGGUUGGCACGACCGUUUCAGUUGGUCGUUCGGUUUGCGUAACAUUAGCGUAGUCAGUUUGUGUUGCUCAACGGUCAGCAGGAAUGUCCGCCGAAACGGACAGCGGGGCUCGGCUCUUCCAGUUCAAAAACAAAGGGAAGGACGUGAAUGAGUUGAGGCGCAGGAGAGCUGAAUUAAACGUAGAGCUCCGGAAAGCUAAGAAAGACGAUCAGAUCCUGAAGAGGAGAAAUGUGCAAAGCUCCGUGGAGGAGCCGAGCUCCCCUCUGCAGGAGAAACACCUGAACGCACAGCCUCCUCAGCAUUGGUCUUUGGAGGAGAUAGUAGGAGGAGUAAUCAGUCCUAAUCCAGAACGUCAGCUGCUGGCCACGCAGGCAGCCAGAAAGCUUCUCUCCAAAGAAAAGCAACCACCUGUUGACAGCAUCAUUGCUGCAGGCAUCAUCCCGAGACUUGUAGACUUUCUGGCUCAGUUUGAGUCCCCCCACAUCCAGUUUGAGGCAGCCUGGGCCCUGACUAAUGUUGCCUCAGGGACCUCAGACCAGACGGCUGCUGUAGUGGAGGCGGGGGGCAUCCCAGCCUUCAUCAAGCUGGUUGCAUCACCCCACAAGCACAUCAGCGAGCAGGCCAUUUGGGCUCUGGGCAACAUUGCAGGUGACGGACCCAACGGCCGAGACUUGGUAAUCAGUCAUGGUGUUCUUCAGCCUCUCCUCGCCUUGGUAUUAUCCACUGACCUGUCUGUGUUACCACCUGCCUACCUGCUCAAUGUGGCCUGGACGCUCUCCAACCUGUGUCGACACAAGAACCCCGCCCCUUCCCUGCUGGCCGUUGAGCAGAUGCUUCCAGCUCUGCUGAAGCUCCUCCACCACAAUAACGGUGAGGUCUUGGCCGACACCUGCUGGGCUGUGUCGUAUCUGACCGAUGGCUCCAAUGAGAGGAUAGAGGUGGUGGUGAAGGCUGGAGUCGUCCCUCGUCUUGUACAGCUUCUUGCCUGUGGGGAGCUCUCUGUUGUGACUCCAGCUUUGAGAUCAGUUGGCAACAUUGUAACUGGAACCGAUGAGCAGACCCAGUGUGUGCUGAACGCAGGUGCCCUGGCAAUGUUCCCGGGCCUGCUGAGACACCACAAGCCCGGCGUCCAGAAAGAAGCGGCCUGGACGGUGUCCAACAUCAGUGCCGGCAAGAGCAGCCAGAUUCAGGAAGUUAUUAAUGUGGGCCUGGUACCGAUCCUGGUGGAGGUCCUUCAGCAGGGGGAUUACAAGACCCAGAAUGAGGCUGUGUGGGCUGUUACCAAUUACACCAGCGGUGGAACAGUAGACCAAGUGGCCUACCUCGUCCACUGCAAUGUGCUGGAGCCUCUGUUCAACCUGUUGACUGUGAAAGACAGCAAGAUGACCCUGGUGAUCCUGGAAGCUGUCUCCAACAUUUUACAGAUGGCCCAAAGCACUGGUGAGGUGGAGAGAAUGUGCCAGAUGAUUGAAGAGUUGGGCGGUCUGGACAAGAUCGAGGCUCUACAGACACAUGACAACGAAGCUGUCUACAAGUCCGCCCUGAACCUUAUUGACAAGUUCUUCUCUGAAGAGAAUGUAGACGGGUCUCUGGUUCCAGAUGCAAGCACGGACUGCUACGCCUUCUACAUCCCUGAAGACCAAAGCACCUUCCAGUUUUAACUUGUUCACUGUAGUUUCUGACACCAAAAACUUGACAUUUUUAGACUUUUGAAAAAUAUUUGUAAAUAAAUGUUAUUCCUUUUAA